GGAGUGGGUGGGUGAGCGGUGACUCAGCCGUGCGGGGCCGCCCCAGUGAUACCGGGGGGAGGAGAGGCGAGCCGCCUCCUGAUGCCCAUGAUCUAUUGCACCGCCGCCCGGCCAGAUAUUGUGCCCAGCCGCCGCUGUAGCUGCCGCUGCCGGGAUGGCGACCUCUCGCCACUACGGGAGAUCUCCCAGAGACAUCGCCAACGUGAUGCAGAAACUGCAAGAUGAGCAGGAGUCUGUGCAAAAGAGAACGUUCACCAAAUGGAUCAAUUCUCACUUGUCCAAGCGUAAUCCCCCGAUUAUCGUUCAUGAUCUCUUUGAAGAUAUCAAGGAUGGAGUGAUGCUACUAGCAUUGCUGGAGGUUCUAUCUGGACAGAAACUGCCUGUUGAACAGGGCCGUAAGUUGAAACGCAUUCACUGGGUGAACAACGUCGGAAGAGCCUUGCAGUUCCUGGAGGGUCGGCGGUCCAUGGGCCGAGGAUCGCCGAUUAAACUGGUCAACAUCAACGCCUCGGAUAUCGUUGAUGGAAGGCCAACCAUUAUCCUGGGCUUGGUUUGGACCAUCAUUUUAUACUUCCAGAUCGAGGAGCUCACCAGUAACCUGAAGCUGCUCUCGUCGUUGUCCAGCAGCGCCUCGUCCGUGGAGAGCACGGCCUACUCCGAGACAGGCAGCCCCCCGACCAAGCGGAAAGUGGUCACCAACUUCAAGGGAGGUGCCAAGAAGGCUCUCCUGAAAUGGGUGCACUACACAGCGGGGAAGCGUUUGGGCAUUGAAGUGAAGGACUUUGGCCAGAGCUGGAGGAGUGGCAUCGUCUUUCAUUCCGUCAUUCACGCCAUCCGUCCCGACUUGACCGACUUGGAGAAGGUCAGGAACCAGUCGAACAGGGAGAACCUGGAGAGUGCUUUCACCAUCGCUGAGGUUCAGCUUGGGAUUCCGAGACUCCUGGAUCCCGAAGACGUUGAUGUUGACAAACCAGAUGAGAAGUCCAUCAUGACCUACGUUGCCCAGUUCCUGAAGCAUUGUCCAGAUCCACAGGAGGUAGAGAAUGAACCUCCGGACGAAGAGCGGGAGGGGAGACGGAUGCUGAAAGAUGCAAAGGCCUGGCUGGAGCAGUUUGAGAGGGAGCUCACAAGGGCUCAGAUGAUGGACGCAGGACUGCAGGAGCGAUAUCAGCUCUUCAGAUCGUUUCGAGGCCAGUACGAAAUGAAAAUUAAACACGUGAAGGCCCUCAUUCAGCCUGCACAAAGUAACGGGAAACUAACGAUGGAUCAGGUCACGGUCAAACAAAUGUGGGACAGAGUGACAAUGAGAUGUAUGGAUUGGCACGUGGUGCUGGACAAGUCGUUGCCAGGGCCGCUGGGCACCAUCGGAGCCUGGCUGCACAGAGUGGAGGCGAUCCUUGGGGAGGAGAUCAUCAUUCAGCAGGCACACGACGAAACGGCCAACAUCAUCCACAGGAAGUUGGAGCAGCACAAGGAUGUAAUCAAAGCUUUGGAAAGUCACCAACAGAUAUUCCACCAGAUCUACAGGGCAGGAUCUGUGAAUGGGAUUCCCAUCCCGAUUGAACAGCUGGAAGACGUGGCAGAACGCUUUAGUUUCAUUACCUUGGGAUCCAAGCACCACUUAACCAGACUGGACUUUCUGGAGUUGAAGUAUCGUCUGCUGGCGUUCCUGGUGCUCGCAGAAACCAAACUCAAAUCAUGGAUCAUCAAAUACGGCCGGAGGGAUUGUGUUCAAGUUCUCCUACAAAACUACAUUUCAUUUGUUGAGGGCAACGAGUUUUUUAGACGUUACGAAGUCACCUUCCAGUCUCUGAAACAGGCGGCUGAUGCAUACUUAGAAGUCGAGGAUUCAGCUGAGGAGCGGGAGGGCGCCAACAAGUUCCUGACCGACUCGAUGGUCCAAUGGCGGAACCUGUCGGUGGAGGUGCGGAGCGUCAAGUCCAUGCUGGAGGAAGUGAUCGCCAACUGGAACAAGUACAACGGCACAGUAGAAGACCUUCAGGCUUGGCUGGAAGAUGCAGAGAAGAUGCUGAAUCAACCGGAACUUGCAAAGAAGGACUUCUUCCGUCACCUCCCGCACUGGAUCCAGCAGCACUCCGUCAUGAACGACGCUGGGAAUUUCCUGAUCGAGACGUGCGAUGAACUGGUCUCUCGGGAUCUCAAGCAGCAGCUGCUCUUGCUCAACGGGCGUUGGAGGGAGCUCUUCGUCAAAGUGAAACACUAUGCACGGGCAGACGAAGUGGACAGGCUCAAAAAGGAAUAUCUGGAUGGCGUGUCUACCCUGAAGAGCUUUGUUGACUCGGCCAACGAGAAGCAGGUCUCCCCUGUGGACGUCUCUUUCCUCAACGUCAAGACUUACAUUCAGGACAUGGAGGUAACAAAGCAAAAAGUGCCAAUCAUGGAAGCACAGUACAAAGUGGUUUCCAAGACAGCCCAACAGUUAACGAAGGACACACCCCAGGAUGAAGUGACACAGAUGCUUGCCACAAUGUCGACCAUUAAAGAUCAGCUGAUAAAGGUUCGGGAGCGUUGCCAGUGCUUGCUGUUGGAAGCUCACCAGCUGCUGGGACCUGUCGACGAGCUGGAGAAGCAAAUCACCAGGUUCUACGAGGCAACAAACAGGGCGAAUCAGAUCACCUCGGCCGGCAACACAGACGGCAGCUCAGCUGAUAGCUUCAAGAUGGGACAUCAGGAACUAACAACAUGCCAAGAGCAAUGUAAAAAGGCGGUCUCUGAAGCAGAGUGGAAUUUGCAGACAGUCCAGAAGCUGAUCAACUCUAGCAAGGUGAUGAUGCACCUGGAUUCAGCUCUGCUACAGAAGAAACUCCUCCAGAUUCAAGCUGCUUACCAGGACAUGGUGGAGAAAGGAGCUACAUGGAGGAAGCACAUGGAGACAAACAGCAACCUGCUGAAGAGAUUCGAGGACUGCAGGAAGGAGCUGGAGCUGGUGCUACAUUCUGCUCAGACAGCCCUGAUAGAAGUGGGGAACCCCGAGCGGCUACUAGCAAGGCACACGGAUUUCUUCAACCAGUUUGAUCAGAGAAUCCUCAAUGCCUUUCUGAAGGCCUGUGAUGAGCUGACAGACAUUCUUCCUGAACAGGAGCAGGAAGGCCUCCAGGAGACGGUGCGAAGCCUGCACAAGCAGUGGAAGGACCUUCAGGCCGAAGCUCCCUACCAUUUGCUCCAGCUUCAGAUCGAGGCAGCAAGGAAUAAACUGGUGGAGAUGAUGGAAGAAUGCAAAUCCGAACUAACUCGGGAGAAGAUGCUGCUAACCAGCGAGAGCAGUGAAGAGCUCAUUGUACAGCACAGGGAAUUUUUCUCAGACAAAGGCAAGUUCGAGUGGUGCAGGAAGCGGGGCAAAGUGAUCGGCGAUCUCUGUCAGAAACUUCCGGAAACUCGGAAUUACGACGCGAUCAGGACAAAACACGAAAUGGACAAAACGACCCUGAGGGAUUUGAAAGGACUGAUUGACGUCACGUACCAGCAGUUACUCGACCAGCCGGACAAGUGGAGGGAGUUUGAGACAAGAUCUCAUCAAUUGUCAACCUGGUUUCUGGCAAAGGACAAACAGCUAACGGAGAUCAAAUGUGGAACCACCGAUCCUAAAAUGUACUGCGAUUUGAAAACUACAUUGGAGGAAAUGAAGGAAGAGGCCAGCAAAGAGGAGCCCAGCCUGGCGUGGUUACGAUCCAGACUUGCUGCACUGACGGCUAUCUCUUCUGAGAAUGAAGCUACAAGAAAGGAAGGUGAACUGUCCAAGUUGUCGGAUGCAUUCAAGAGGCUCCUGUUGCAGAUUGCUGAGUCUGAUAAAAUGCUGUCUGCUGUGGAUGAAUGCAUCCAGCACAAAGACGGUGUGACGAGUGCCUUGGGGGAGCUUGCCGACUCGCAGACGCAGCUGCGGACUGAGGAGGAGACGGUGUUAAACUCGGAGAGUCUGGAGGAAGCUCAGCGCUGCCACCUCCACCAUCAGCAACAAGUGAAGCAGUGGAUGGUGAAGAGAUUUGAUGUGCAGCAGCAGUUUGCUCGUGGCAGAGAGUUGCAUGGAGUAGCUGACCUGACCGAGUCCAGCCUGCAGGAACUGCAAAGCCAGGAGGCUGCCCUCAAUGCAAUGGAGGAAGCAGUGGAUGAACAGCAGAAGAAAAUUGAGGAGACACUGAUGGAGUGGCAGCGAUUUGAGGAGGAGAAGGGGCAAGUGAUGGAAUUCCUGGCUCACGCUGCCACAAAGGUGGAUUGCAAUCAUCUGUUCAGCAGCCUGGAGAGCCUCAGCUCGGAGCUGGAUCAAAUGAAGGUACUCUGCAAGGACGGUGAAAUGAAGGCAAUUCAGGCUGAGCGCCUAUUACACAAAUCCGAAGACAUACAGCUUGGUCCAAGGAGUAAGAGCGCCCUGAAACAACAAAGCAGAGAGAUGAGCGAGAAAGCUGAUGAUGUACAGGAGACGCUGAGGAAACACGUGAAGCAGCUGGAAGAGACCCAGAGUGUGUGGGAGAAGCUGCUGACAAAGUGUGAGAGUUUGGGGCACUGGAUGACAGAGGAACAGAAAGGGCUGAAUGGCGUGGAGGAUUUGUCUGUCCCACUGAAUGAGAAACUCUCCAAAGUUAAGCAUAUUCUUCAAGCAGUUCUUGGUAAGUCAAAAGAACUUAAGAGCUUGGACGAAGAGUACCAGAAGCUGGGCCAGUUUGUCACCUCUGGCGAGGUUGCCCGGGUGAAGGCUCGGUCGACCCAACUGACCAGGCAGUGGGAGGACCUCCAUCAACAAAGCCUUGAGGUGGACGGUAAACUGGAGAACCAAGUCUCCCUGCAGCAGAAGUAUGAAGUGGACUUCAAACAGGUCCAGCAGACACUGAUGGACAUGGAGUCUACAAUGAAGGGCAAGACCAAUAAGUGUUCCUCGGCAUCUGAGGCUAAGCAGCUAUUGCAGACACACCUGAAAUUCUGCCAAACGAUUGACCAGACUAGAAACCAAAUGGUGUCUCUCUCGACCAGUGCCCGCAGGGUCACCAAUGCGGACCAAGCCACUCAGCAACUGGGUGACUUGCAGGAAAACCUAGAUGAUCUGCAGGUUCGGGCCAAGAAGAGGGAGGAACAGCUGGAACAUAGGUUGUCUCUCUGGCACAAGUACGAGAAAGACCUGUCCAGCUUCAGUUCUUGGCUUGAAAAACAUGAAGCAAUUACAGGGGUAUGGUCGCCCUGCAUCUCCGCUGACCAAGCUGAGCUGCAAAAUGAAGUGCUGACUCUGAAGGACUUACAGGCUGAGGUGACAUCCCAAGAGUCAGCCCACAGGAGUCUGGUGGUGCAGAGCAAGGCCUUGUACCCCGUCACCACAGAGGACAGUCUGAAGGCGAUGAAAACAAAUCUGCAGCAGCUCGACAAGAGGUGGCAGAGCCUGUCCCACAGCAUCAAAAAACGCAUCCGGACCUUUGAGGAGGCAAUCGAGAAGCACCAGCAGUUUGACCAGUCUCUGCAAAAGUUCUCUUUCUGGGUCGAUCGCUUUCAGAGUGGCCUGCAGUCAACCUCGGAGAUCAAUCCCGCAGAUCUACAGCCGGCUUUGAAUCACUUAAAGGACCAGUCAGGAGCCGUGGAGCAGCAACGUGCCGAGCAGCAAAGCCUAAGGGACCAGGUGGAGCAGCUGUGCCCGGCAACCAGCGGGCCCCAGGAUCAGCGUCUCCACGGCAGGACCGAGGAGUGCUUCCAACUCUUCCAGGAGGCCAACGAGGUAGUCGAGCGAAGGAACGAGGUCCUGGGACAGCUGGCCUCGUUCCUGGAGACCCACAGGGUGGCGGAGAACGUGCUCCACCGGAUUACAAAGACGGUCGAGACGGCCAGCAGCUGGGACCAGGUGAAGACGGAGCUGUUGGACAAGGAGCUGGGUGACGUGACUCCCGAUAUUAAGCAACUGGAGUUGCAGGCUACGGCCCUUGAUGCCCUCAUCAGUAAAGCCCAGUGCCAUCUGAAGACCUCGGGAACAGACGCAAGAACCUCGUGUCGGUCGUUGGCCGAGGGACUAGAGGCGGAACUGGACUCUGCUCAGAGACUCCUGGGGACCAAGCAGAGUGAGGCUGAGGCACUUAACUCCCUGUGGAGAUCAUUUAAAGAGCGCAAGGAGCAGUUGCUGAAGACCAUCGAGGACAUAGAAGAAAAGGCGGACCACCAGGGUUUAAAAGAAUUGACUGUACCAGCGUUGCAACUCAGGCUGCGGAUGUUCAGUCACCUGGAGGAAGAUCUGAGCUCUCAGCAGCACGAGCUGCAUCGUCUGACGGACAAAGCUAAACAACUUGCCGAGAGGGAUAAAUCACUCGCUGCAGAAGCUGAGAAGGAAAUUCACUUAGUGGAAGUGACCUGGAAUGACGCCAAAAAGUUGAUCAACGACGUUCAGGAUCAAGGCAGCUGCCUGGUUACCCUGAUGAGGGAUUAUCAGAGCUCCAAGUCUGCUCUUCUCAAAGUGGUGGAAAACUCAGAAGCUGUAGCUGUGAUCAAGUCAAGUCUGCUGGAUCAAGAAGACUUAAGGAGAACAUUAUCCAGGCAUGAGGUGGCAAAGUGCGAGUUAGGUGCGAGUCAGGAGCAAUUGGAUGGAUUCACAUCGAAAGGCAAACAGCUGCUGGCUGAACUGAAGAAAAUUCACGGCUGCAACCCAGGGCCCCUAAGGCAGGACCUGGACAAUAUCUUGGACCAGUGGCUGGAUAUAUCAGAGAGACUGGAUGGCAACAUUGAAAGGCUAAGUACGAGCCUUGCGCUGUGGGAGGACGUGAUCGGCAUCGGCGAUGAGGUAGACACAUGGUCCAAAGGUUGCGUAUCCGAACUGAAUGAAAUGACUGGCAACUUGAACGACAGCCAGAGACUGGAAAGCAGAUUGCUCGAGUUCCAGUCUGAGGUCCAAAGCAAAGGGGAGAAGCUGAAGUGCCUGCGAUCUAAAAUCAGUGAACUGAUUAAGGUAUCCAAAUGUCAGGAGGCUCCACCUGUACUUCAGGCAGUGGAAGCUGAUUCCCAGAGGAAGUUGGAUCAUGCGCAGGAAGUAUCUGAGGUGGCAAAGGAGACACUGAAGGAUUUUCGAGUCCAGAAGAAUCAGAUGGAGAGCUACAUCCAGGAUCUCAGUGAGUGGCUGCGCACAGUGGAGCACUCGCUCACUGCCUGUGCCGGCAGCCAGGAUCUCAAUGACCUGAGGGAAGUGAAGGAACUGGACUUGGAGCUGGUCAACCAGCAAGGCAGGAUCGACGCUGCCCGAGAGAACCUCAAUGGCCUCUGUCGGAGGUACCACUCCACGGAGCUGGAGGGGUUGGGCGGCUGGGUCACCGGGCUGAUCAAACAGUACGAGUCUGUCAACCAACUGUCCUCCAAAACCCAAGGAAGGCUCCAGGAGGCGCUGGAGCAGCACGUCAAUGGUAUUCUGCAGGAGUUUCAGCUCUGGCUGUGUGAAGCCAGAGCAUCAGUGAAGGACUGUGGUGACCAGGCAGGAGAUGUACACAGAGUCGAGGAGAAGCUGCAGCAACUCAAGAAACUCCUGACUAGGGCCAGCAUGGGACAGGACAAACUGGAUGCGGCCGUGGCUGAAGGGGACAAACUAGUGCCGCACUUGUCCAAGCCCAGUGCUUCUCAGCUUCAGCAGCAGCUUGCCAGUAGUCGACAGGAGUGGCACGACUUCCUGAGCCAGUGCGAACACAACAGGAAGGCCCUGGAGGACUGCGUUGAAGAGUUGAAUGGCUUCGAGAGUUGUCAGAAGAAGCUGAGUCUGUGGCUCCAUCAGGCAGAAGAAAGGUUGGCCACGGAAUUCAUCAGAACGAACAAGGGUAACGCUCCCGACUUGCAAGCUGAGCUGGAAAAUAUGGAGGAUUUCUUCGCUGAAAUCCAAGGACGAAGGGAUUCCUGUGAUAACUUGUGCCACAAGGCUCAGUGCCUGAGCGAGCUGGGCUACGGAGAUGGAGGCGGCACCCGCUCAGCCUCUCAGCUGCAGUCCCGACACCAGCUCCUGGCCAAGACGGUGAAGGAGAAGCUGAGAGCUGGCCAGCUGGGUCUGCAGGAACACCAGGCCUUCGAGGAGACCCUGCAGAACACCUGGUCGUGGCUGAGAGAGGUCCAGAGUAAACUUGCCGCUGCGGACAGCACCCUCGGCCACAAAGCCACGCUGGAGAAAAAGCUGCUUCAAGUCCAGGAGAUCCUGCUGAUGAAGGGGGAAGGGGACGUGAAGCUGAACAUGACCAUCGGCAAAGGAGAACAGUCCCUGAAGAGCAGUAACCACGAGGGGCGGAAGGCCAUCCACGGGCAGCUUCAGGCGGUCAAGGAGACGUGGACAGAGGUGGUCAGUAACUCCGUCAGCUGCCACAGCCGGCUGGAGUGGGCAGUGACACAGUGGAGCAGCUUCGUGGAGAGUAAAGGCCAGCUGCAGGAGUGGAUGGAGAGCGUGGAGCAGGAGAUGAGCCGAGGCCUGGAGCAGCAGAAUGACCUGAAGGACAAGCUGCUGCAGCUGGAGAGACACCAGAGUGUGGUGGCCGACAUCGAGAAGCACUCGGCUGUCCUAAGCCGCUUGGUGGAGAAAGCACAGGAGCUGCUGGAGAAAACUGGCGAUCCGGCGUUCACAGAAGACGCCCUGCUGGAGAUCAGGACCCAGUUUGCUGAUAUUGUCGUGGUUGCCAAGGGCAAAGUCAAGAAGCUGGAGGAGGUGGUGCAGGACCAUCAGAGCUAUCAGAGCGCGGUCCAGGAACUGUCCAACUGGCUGAACUCGGCGAAGGAAGAACUUCACCGCUGGUCGGAUAUCUCGGGGGACUCUUCCACCCUGCAGCGGAAACUGGAGAAAGUCAUGGAGCUGAUCGUUUCCAGACGCAAUGGCGGGGAGCGUUUAAGCAGAGCCGAGUCCCUGGCUGGAGAGGUUGUUCGGCAGACGGGAGCUGGUGGGCGCGAGGCCAUCCGCAGGGAGCUGGAGGCACUGCGGGCCGAGUGGUGGCAGUGGGAAGAGAGCACGGUGCAGGCGCAGAGCUGCCUGGAGACCAUGCUGAGCCAGACCACCAGCUCCGAGCAGGAGUUUGAGGCUCAGGUCGCCCAGCUUAACAGAGACCUGCAGGACUUCAGCGCCAGCCUCGGGGCCUGUUCCCACAGCCUGUCCCAACUGCAGGACAAAACCACCGAUGAAGAAGUCGUGGAAUGUUGGCAGAAGGCAAAGGAAACAGAGGAAGCCCUGAAGGAGGCGGAAAGUGCCAGUGAAUCGCUGAAGACUCAACUAAACGACCUCUGCAGAUUUUCCAAGGACUUGAGCUCGCAUUCAGAUAAAGUUUCUUCUUUAAUCAAAGAGUACAAUAGCCUUUGUUUGCAGACGGCCAAGUACUGUCAGAGCAAGGAGAAGGCCCUGGAGCAACGAUUCCGCACCACCUUCAGAGAAUUCCAGCAGUGGAUGAUCAACACCAAAAUCACCACCUGCUUCGAUACUCCGCAAAACAUCGACGAGGCCACGGCAAUAAUCCAGAAACUGCAGGAUUUCCUGUUGGAGAGCGAGGCGUGUCAGGGCAAACUAAACACCCUGAUUUCCAAAGGUGAGCUCCUGAGCCGGAUCCUCAGCAAGGAGAAGGCAGAGGCGAUAAAGGCCAAGGUGACUACAGCCAAGUUGGACUGGAAGAACCUGCUGGCAAGUCUUCACCAAAAGGAGGCGGCCUUACAGAACCUGCAGUCCCAGAUGAAGGACUUUGAGGCAGGCGUUGGCCCUGUGCAGGAGUGGCUGGUCGCCACGGAAAUGGCCGUGCAAGGGAGCGGCGCUCAGCUGCCCGACCUGCUAGCGAAGAAAAAUGAACAGUUCAGAUUGCAGUCUAUCCUAGAGGAUAUAGCCUCCCGCGAACCACAGCUAAACAAGCUGAAAGAGAAAGCUCACCACCUGUGGGAAGAGCAAGCGUCUAACAAAAGCUUUACGCACAGAGUGUCUCAGCUGUCCGCUUGGUAUUUAGCCUUGAGUAACUUAGCCAAGGAGAAAGCUUUGAGGGUGCAGCGGACAGUGACGGAACACCAGCAGUUCUCCCAGGGACUGAAGGAGCUCCAGGACUGGUUGGCUGACGCCAGGCACAUGCUGGAAUCCUACUGCACUCCCACUGCUGAUAAAAACAUGCUGGACAGCCGGAUGGCCAAGGUCGAGGCUCUCCUCGCACUCAGACAAGAAAAGGAGAUUCAACUGAAGAUGGUGCUGACCCGCGGGGAGUCUGUCCUGAGGAGCACGUCCCCUGAGGGCGCUCCCACCGUCCGCAAGCAAAUGGAGGAUCUGAAAGAUUCCUGGGACUCGCUUCUUUCGUUCUCCAUUCAGUGCAAGAGCCAACUGGAAGCGGCAUUAUCCCAGUGGACCAGUUACCAGGAUGAUGUCCGGCAGUUCCUAAGCUGGAUGGAUCGCAUGGAAGGAGACCUAAAGGCUUGUGAACGACAAUGUACAGAACUUAGGGACAAAGCCACAGGACUGGGCAAAGCCAAGUUACUGUAUGAAGACAUCGUGAGUCACAGCCACCUGCUGGAAACCAUCCAGGCUAAAGGCGAGAGCAUGGCCCAACACUACGUCACGCGUUUGGAGCUGCAGGAACUUCAGGAGCGCUUUCACUCUCUGAGUGACAAGGCAAAGGAGGGGAUGAGGAGAGCGGAGGAACUGCUCCAGCUUCACCAGGAGUACCAGCAGGGCCUGAGGUCGUUCGAGGAGUGGCUGGAGCAGGAGAAGGAGAAGCUGUAUUGUUGUUCACACAUGGGCAAAGAUGUCGUGACCUUCGAAAAUACACAUCGCGACCUUGAGGACUUGGAGAAGCGAUGCACUGAGGGCCAGACUCUGCUGAAUGCCGCACUGAGAACGCAGGAGAAGGUGAGUCUGCCUGGGUCGAUGUACAUGGAGGAUCGCAUUCUCGAGUCUGCUCAGCACGACUGGCACCUGUACCAGCGAAGGCUCGGCGAGGCCAAGGAGAAGGUCCACGCCACCCUGAACGUGCUCACGCGCCUGGAGAAGAUGUUCCAGCAGGUGGACGCGUGGCUGUCCGGCCUGGAGAGCGAGGUGGACAUCCGGACGGGGAGGAAGUCUGACCGAGCCACCAAGGAAGUGCAGAUGGAGCAGCUGCAGAAAUGGAACGAAGAAAUCCUGAGCCGGAAAGAUGAAGUGGAAAGGGUUGGGCUGCUUGCCCACCAAGUUCUGGAGGAGAGUCACAUCAACAGCAGUGUGGGAUGUCAGGCCACCCAACUGGCCACCCGAUACCAGGGCAUUCUGCUUCACGUGCUGAACCAGACCAAAUUACUGAGGGAGGAACUGCGAGCCCUGGAGGAAGCUGAUUCAGCUCUUGGCACCUACACGGGCUGGCUCAGGGCUGCACAGAAGAACUUCAAGAACCUGGCGGUCGCUUUGACGGUGGUGGACAAAGUUGCCAUGGAAAGCAAGAUCAAAAAGUUUGAGACUCUACACAGUAACAUUGAUAUGGGGAACACUUUGCUCAAGAUGAUUCUGGAGAAGAGUGAGCGAGCCAUCGAGUGCCUGGAUGAACCCGGAGCUCAGUGUCUCCGGGAAGCGAUGGACGGCCACAUUAGCCAACUGAACGAGCUGACCUGCUCCAUCAGGAGAGAGCGUGGAAACCUGGAGAAAUGUUUCUUCCUCACAAAGGAGUUCACCGAUAAGUACCAGAGCCAGACCAAGUGGCUGGCAGACUUUCAGGCUAUCUUACAGAUCCCGGUUGAGCCAAAGGUGGAACUGUAUGAGAAGAAAGCCCAGCUGGCCAAGUACAAGGCCAUCCAGCAAACAGUUGUAUCCCACGAGCCAGGCAUAAGGUUGGUGAUCGAGAGGGGCGAGGCAGUCUUUGAUCUCGUUCAUGACCCCGCCGUCAGUGACAAUCUGAAGAGACUGCUGUCCGACUACCAGGAGCUGUGCUCCACGGUGACGGUCUGCAAGGAGGACCUGGAAGAGAAGGUGAGGGAGCAUGAGGACUAUAACAGCAACCUGCAAGAGGUGGAAAAGUGGCUGCUACAGAUCUCCACCAGGCUGGUGGCCCACGACACCACCCAGAGCACCAACCUAGAGAUGGCAACCCAGCACCUGGCCAGACAUAAGCCGAUAAUGGAGGAGAUUGCCGGUUUUGAACACGCCCUGGCGAGUCUGAGAAACAAAGGAGACAGCCUGAUUGCCAACUGCUCGGAGGGGCUCCAAGGAAAGUUCAAGCACCAGGUCCAAGGGCAUCUACAGGGGAUCCGGGACAGCUACUCUGCCAUCUGUAGCACAGCUCAGAGGUUGUACCAGAGUCUGGAAUGCGAGCUCCAGAAACACGUGAGCCACCAGGACACACUGCAGCAGUGCCAGACCUGGCUCCGGACUGUGCAGCAGGAGCUGGAGGUCCAAGCUCACCCGCCCACCAGCCCAAAGAAGUCAAUCAAACAGGUGAAACACUACCGGGCUCUGCAGGAGCAGGCGAGCACGUACCUGGAGCUCCUUUGUUGCAUGUGUGACCUGUCCGACGACACCGUCAAGAAGGCAGCAGGAGACAUCCAACACACCAAACAAAUGAUAGAACAGCACCUGGUCAGGUCACAGGAGCUGGCCCUAGGCUGGGAGGAGAUCAAACGACACAAAACGGAGCUCUCCGCGUAUUUCCUGGACAUCGAGCAACAGCUCCAUAGCCUGAAGAGGAGACCUGCAGAACUGGAACUGAAGAUUGCCCAGAACCUGUUGGCCCAAGUGCAGGAUUUGGGCCAUCAACUCCAAUCCAGGCAGGUAAAUAUUACAAAACUCACUGAGAAGAUCAGUAACCUGACGGAAGGUCUUGAGUCACCCGAGCACUCAGAGGUUGGCCAUUUGAGCAACCAGUGGUUGGAGUUGUGCCAUCAGAGCAACACCCUGCUCUCCAUGAGGGAGCGGGACCAGCAGUGGGCCAGGGAUUAUCAAGACCGAAUGAGCAUCGUGGAAGUGCUUUUGGACAAGUUCACCAAAGAAUGGGAUGACCUAGGAAGAACGGACGCGGAGAGCACAGCUGAGCUCCUGGAAGCCCUGAAGCAGCUGGCGAGCGCAGUGCAGGCUCAGAGGUUUGUGCUGGAUGACCUGAAGGAGCAGAAGCAGAAGCUGAUGGAGCGCCUGAACCCUGAGGACAAGGAGCUGAUCAAGGAGCAGACCAGCCACUAUGAGAAGCAGUGGGCCCAGCUGGAGGAGCUGCUGGAGAGGAAGAUCCAGGUCUCCGUGACCACCCUGGAGGAGCUGAGCCAGUGCCAGUCCAAGCUGGAGGACCUGCUGGACUGGGCCGAGGGUCAGACCCGGCUUUUCUCCGAGGCCCUGCGGUGCAGCCCGCCGGCAGAGCUGGCCCAGACCUUGCUGCUGGACCACAUCGCCAGCUGCAGCGAGCUGGAGUCGCAGCAGCUGGCCCACGGCGCGGCCACGACGGAGGCGGAGAAGAUCCUGGCCCGGUUGGGCCUGGACGAGCGGCAGCGGCUGCAGAAGACGCUGGGCGCCCUGCACGGGAGGAUGGGCUCGCUGAGCGAGGCGGUGGGGCAGCGGAGGAAGUACCUGAGCCGGGCCCUGUCGGACCGCACCCAGUUCCUCAUGGCGCUGGGCCCGGCCGUGGGCUGGAUCCGGCAGACCGAGAUGGCGGCCACCACCCCGGAGCACGUCGCCCUCAUGCCGCUGGACGUCGGCAAGCAGACCCGGGCCUGCAAGGCCGCCUGCGCCAGCCUGAAAGAGUACCAGGCCGACGUGGCGGCUCUCUGGGCCCAGGGCAGGGAGCUGGCCCGGGAGGCGGCCGAGGAAGAGACGGCAGAAAUAAUGACCCACCUGCAGGAGCUGCAGGCCGCCUACGACUCGGCGGUGCAGAAGAGCGCGCAGCGGCUGCAGGGGCUGGAGAGGAUCCUGGCCUCCAGGAAGUACUUCAAGGCCGACCUGGACAAGGUGUGCCACUGGCUGAAGCAGGCCGACAUCCUGACCUUCCCGCAGACCAGCCUGAUGAGCAGCGACGCGGAGCUGUGUGUCCAGCUGGCCAAGUACCAGCUCCUCCUGGAGCAGUGCCCCGAGUACGAGAACCUUCUCCUCCUGGUGCAGAGGAGCGGCCGGGAACUCCUGCCUUCCCUCAGCGAGGCCGACCACUCCUUCUUGGACGAGAAGCUCAACGCCUUGCCCAAGCAGUUCAACUCCAUCAUCGGCCUGGCCAAGGAGAAGUCGGAGAAGAUCCAAGAGGCCAUCGCGGGCAGGAAAGAGUACAUCUCCCUCAUCGACAUGACCAGCAAGGCUUUGAGCGAGCUGGAGGACCAGCUGGUCCAGAUGGGCAAAAGCAAGCUGAGGCUUUCCUCCGAGGAGGCAGCAUCGGUGCAGGCUGACUACCGCACCCUCCUGGGCGAGGUGGUGGGACUGGGCAAAGCGGUGGACGAGCUGAACCAGAGGAAAGAGACCUUCCGAAGCUCGGGACAACCCUGGCAGCCCGACGAGAUGGCGGGGCUGGGCAGCCUGUACAACCGGCUGAAGCGCCAGACCGAGCUGAGGGUGUCCAUGCUGGGAGACACAGUCUCGGCCUACCUGGACCACGAGGCCACCUCCCUGCAGUUGGAGGCUCAGCUCCAGGCGCUGCAGGAGGGCCUGGCCAAGACCAACCAGGAGACCCUCUCCCUCGAGGAGAAGCUGAAGAACUACCACGCCCUGGCUGGAGGCGUGCAGGCCGCCAGCUCCCUCCUGAAGAGGCUGAUCGAGCAAGUGGAACAGUUUUCGCCCGAGCUGGAGAGCGGCGCUCAUGAGGCGAGAAGCCUGCAAAUCCAGGCCUGGAGAGAGGCCCUGGAGACGGCCCAGGGAACAGUCGGCGGGAGGAUAACAGAGUGCGAGGGCAGGCUCGUCCAGAGGAUCGACUUCCAGACCGAGAUCCAGCACACCCUCGAGUGGCUGCGGAAGAUCAAGGGGGACCUCGGCGCUGCCGCGUACCUGGACGUCAAGCUUCAGAGCAUCCAGGAGGAGAUACGGAAGUCCCAGAUCCUGGAGGAGGAGGUGCAGUCAACUCUUCGGAUCAUGGCGGCGUUGAGCGGCAAGGAGAAGGACAAGUACUCCGAGUCGAAGGAGCUGAUGCCGCCACAGGUGGAGACCAACCUGAGUGAGCUCGCCCAGCUCGAGGCCCAAGUCCAGGAAAUGCUGAGCACCAAGAAGCAGUCCCUCGACAAGGUACAAAGCAUGAUUCUGCAGUACCAAUGGGCAGUUCAGUCUGCUGGUGACUGGUUAGAGGAUGCCAACGCCCUCUUACAGCAAGCGACUGAGGGCUUGGAUGUGGAGGCAUCAGAGGAGACCUUGAGCAGACACACGGAAUUCUUUGCUACAGAAUCCACGUUCGCAAGCCAAAUGGGGCUGCUGGAGCGCCUGGUACCGGACCUACUGCCGUCGAUCAACCCGGCAGGAAGAGAGCAGGUGGAGCAAAGCUUGGCAUCGUUGCAGCAAAGGAAAGGUGACACCGAGCUGGAAGCUCAGGGGCAGCGGGACAUCUUGCAAAGAUGUGUCGCACAGUGGCAAGACUACCAGGAGGCCCGGCAGCAGUUAAUUGCUCUCAUGAACCAGGCAGAAAGGACCUUGUCGGAAUUCUCCACUGCCAAAGCAGCAACUAGCCAUGAAAGUGAAGAGAAGCUGACUCAGCAUAAGUCGUUGCUAUCGGUGGUGAAUUCCUUCCAGGAGAAGAUCACUACCCUGGAGGAGCAAGCCUCGCAGCUGGAGAGCUUGGGCAAUGAUGCCAGCAAGGCCACCAUCAGUAGGUCGAUGACCACUGUAUGGCAGCGCUGGACCCGGCUACGCAGUGUAGCCCGGGAGCAGGAAAAGAUGCUGGAAGAAGCUGCACGCGGAUGGAAGAACCUCACGGACAAGAUCGAGACAACCACAGUGGUGGUGGACCAGCUGCAGGAUCGACUCCCCGACAGCUCCGUGGAGAAGGCACGGAAGACCGAGCUGCUCGAGCUCCUCGAGUACCACGACGCCUUUGCGCAGGAAGUGGAGCGGGAGCAGUCCACUCUGACCGUGCUCCGACAGCAGGCACUGAACAUGCUGCGAGACGUGGCCAUGCCUUCAACCACGGUGGAGGAUCUCCCCGUCAUGCACGAGAUCAAAGCCAUGCAGGACAGAUAUGACAACGUCCGACAAAAGAUAAGGACGAGCAAGAAAAUGGUCCAGCAGGAACUGAAGGAGCGGGAGGAGGUGGAGAGCGAAUUAAACGCCAUCAAGCAGUGGCUGCGGGAGACAAAGGAGUAUCUGCAAAACCCAACCACUGAUGCAGUUACAGAGCUCCAGGAGCUGAAGGAACUGCACGGGGAGGUAGCUACUCGACAUCAGACAGUGGAACGUCUGGGAGACAGACAGCGGGAUAAGUACCUGGAAUUAUACACCAUCCUGCCCUCUGAGCUGUCAGAGCAACUGGCUGAGGUCAGGCUAGCCAUUGGAGCCAUUGAGGAACAGGUGAACGUGAAAGAAGGGGAAGCUGAACAAAUGAAGGCAGUGACCCUGGACUUUAACAGCAGGAUGCAACAGAUCUCCGAUGGACUGCACGACAUUUCCAGAAAACUAAAAGAGAAAGGAGUUGAUGCCGUACAAGCCAAGAUUGAGCAGGAGAGACUCUGGGACAGGCUGGACAGCUGCAACGUGAAGCUGGUGGAACUGGAUGCCACCAUGCAGGAUUUCAUGGAGCAGAACCCUCAGCAGAGCAAGCGGCUGAUGGAUGACAUGACUAAACUGUCCAGCCUCUAUCAGCAGGUCUUUCGAGAGACUGAGUACAGAGCCUCCAAACUCAACAAGGCCGCUUCCCAGUUGGAGGAAUUCCACGAAAUGCUGGAGUUUGUACUGAAAUGGGUGGAGAGAGCGAAGAACCUCAGCCACAGCGACAUCGUCUGGGAUUCAGCGGCUCAGCUCAAUGACCAGCUGAUGACCCACCAGGCUGCUCUCCGUGAAUCCGAGGAAAUCCAGAGCGACCUGCAGGCCAUGAGCGAGAAGCUAGACAGCGUCAGCGACGUGUAUCAGACGGCAGCCAUGUCCCAGCGUGUGAGCAAUCUCCGCCAACAGACCGACGACCUCCAGCAGCUGGUGCGGACCCGGCUACAGAACCUGCAGGAUGCGGCCAAGGAUAUGGAGCAGUUUGAGACCGAAGUGAAGAGCCUGCAAGCCAUGGUGAAGCAGGCCCAAGUUACACUGACGUCUCCUGAGCUCGCUCGCCUCUGCCUAAAGGAGCAACUCUUCCAAAGACAGAGGUUGCUGGCUGACAUGGAGGGCUUCAAGCAGAAGGUACAGGUCGUGCAGAAACUCCAGGCCGCCCUGCGCAUCCCGGAAGAAAUCGUCACCAACCUGCCCAUCUGCCAGACGGCGCUGAGGCUGCAGCAGGAAGCCAGUCGUCUGCAGCACACCGCCAUCCAGCAGUGCAACAUCCUGCAGGAGGCAGUGAUUCAGUAUGAACAGUAUGGACAGGAGAUGAGGCACCUCCAGCAGCUGAUUGAAAGGGCGCACCGGGAGAUCCAGGAGAGGCCCGUGUCCACCAGCAACAUCCAGCAGCUGCAGGCCCAGAUCUCCAGGCACAAGGACUUCGCACAGAAGAUCAAGGGCUACCAGGAGCAAAUCGCGGCGCUCAACAGCAAGUGCAAGAUGUUGACAAUGAAGGCGAAACACACCACCAUGUUGCUGACUGUGACCGAGGUGGAGGGGCUGGAGGAGCUGGACGGGGAGCCGCUGCACGCACACUCGGCCCACCCUUCCGUGGUCAUGAUGACAGCUGGGCGUUGUCACACCCUCCUCUCACCUGUCACGGAGGAGUCUGGGGAAGAGGGGACGAACAGCGAGCUUUCCUCCCCGACAGCCUGUCGCUCUCCCUCACCUGUGGCUAAUGCUGAUGUGUCUGUUAACCAGGAUAGUGCUUAUCACACAACAUUGUCUGCAGAAGAGUUGCAGACAGCAGCCUCUGAUGUGGAGAUCAUGAAUGGUGCUGCAUCUCCACAGGAACCCUCCGAGUCUUCGUUGGGAGACCAGGCCUCGUCCAAGCUCGAUGACCUUCAGCGAUCCUGGGAAACGCUGAAGAAUGUGAUCAGCGAAAAGCAGCGCACCCUUUACGAGGCGCUGGAACGGCAGCAGAAGUAUCAGGACUCCGUGCAGUCGGUGUCGACCAAGAUGGAGCUGAUCGAGGGGAAGCUCGGCGAGUCGCUCCUUGCAGGCGAGAGUCACGACCUCCAGAUGGCUGCACAGCAGGGACUGAUGGAGGAGAUCGUGACCCUUCAGGACGAGAUCAACGAGCUGCAGGUCUGCUUUGCCGAAGAGCUGGUGUCGGACACGGUGGAUGCCGACACUGCCGACCAGCUGGCCAUGCAGUCCACACUGACCGUCCUGGCCGAGAGAAUGGCCACCAUCAGGAUGAAAGCCUUGGGGAAGAAGCAGCUUCUGGAGGAGAGGUUGAAUGACCAGGUGGAAGAACAGCGGCAGAUCCAAGCCCUGCAAAUGUAUCGCAGUGAGGCCGAUGAGCUGGACAACUGGCUGCAGAUGACAAAGGCCGCACUGGACACUGCUCUUGAAGUCCCCGGAGAGCACAUGGACAUGGAGGAUCAGCUGACCGACUGUCAGAACAUACUGAUGCAGAUUGAGCGGAAAGUGGCCUCCGUGUCUGAGCUCUCCGUCAACAGCGAGAACCUGCUCAUGGAAGGGAAGCCCCAGACGCGGGAACAAGCCGAGCACCUGACGGACAAACUCCGCAACCUGAAGGGGAGCUUGGUGGAGCUGCAGAAACUGCUGCAGGACAAAAGGAUCGGAAUCAAAGAUGGUGUGGAUCAGGAGAAGGAGGAUAUGGAAAUGGAUUCCACGCUCCAUGCAAGCCCCAAUUUCCAAGAAUGGCUGGUUCAAGCACGAGCCACUCGCUACCAAAACCAGCAGAACAGUCUGCAGAGACAGAAGGAGCUGGAACAGCAGCUUGCAGAGCAGAAGAAUCUGCUACGGUCGGUAGCAAGCAGUGGAGAGAAGAUCCUGACUCAGCAAAGCAGUGUGGAGGCUCUGGGUGAGGAGCAGAGAUCACAGGGCAGCGAGGCUGCCCAGCAGGGAUCUCUAUCGCAGGAGCUGGGUUUUGAGGGGGAGAAGGUCUUCGCGUUGCAGCAGCUGCGAAUGAAAUGGCAGAAUCUCCAUAAAGAGACCAGCAACAAGCAGAAGAUGUUCGAAAAUACACUGGAGCAUCAGCAGGUGUAUGGAUUGGCUGGCGGGGUAUCGAGUGGAAUGGCUUUAUUCAAAGGGGAAUCUCAGACGUCGGACAAGUCCCUAGAAGCUGUCAAGUUCCUGUUGACUGACCUGAGCGAAGCUUUCAGAGAUCUUUCCUCGCAGGGUAACGAUGCUGAGGAACAGAGUCUUGCUCUGGAGCAGAAGCUGUUUGAUGGUGCGUCAGCUGCCUGCCACUGGAUGGACAGUGUCGAAGACCACAUCUUUACCAGCGUGAAUUUUCUCCUGGAAAAACUUGAAGCACACUUGAACCACGAAGAGGGUCUUGCAAAAGAGGUCGAGGAGGUGAUUGAAGAAGUAACUGGGAAGAAGGAUGAGUUCUUCCUUGUUCUCCCCGAGACUAAAAAGAACCAGGAUAUCAUUGAAGAAACGGUGAGGUGCCUCCAGGACAGGCUCGGCUCGUUAGGAUUAACCCUGAAGCAUCGCUGCGAGAGGCUCAGAGAGAGACUGCAGCAGCUGAUGGAGUACCAAACUGAGUUGAAGCUGCUGGUCACCUCCAUGGCUGACAGUAAGUAUGUCGUCCUACAGAAGCUGACUGAAGCUAUGGAGCAUCCUGUCACAGAGCAACUGCAGGCUGUUUUGCAGGCAGAAGAUGAUCUCAGGGAGUUUGAGAUGCGAAUCAGCCGCUUAAAAGAGCGAUUGGAGGAACUGCAGCCAGACCCGACUAAACUUCUGGAUCUUUCGAAAGUGCAGGAUAUGUAUGAAGAGUUGACGAUGAUUGUUGGCUCCAGGCGCAGCUCUUUAAACCAGAACCUGGCAUUGAGAGGUCAGUAUGAGCAAGCCCUGCAGGACUUGGCGGACUUGACCGACACAGGCCAAGAGAAGAUGGCACUGGACCAGCGGAUCCUGGUCACAUCCAGAGGAGAUGUCAAGAACUUGCUGGAUAAACACAAGGAAUUUUUCCAGGGACUCGAGUCUCACCGGAUCCUCACAGAAACACUCUAUAAAAAAGUGAGCAGCUGCCUCCAUCAAAAGGAAACUAGCUCCCAGGAAGAACUGAUCAGCAAGUCCUUGGCCUUGCUGAAGGAUGCCCACAGGAGAGGUGUGGAAUUCGAGGGGACUUUGGAGACCUGGACCAAGCUGACAAAGGAUUAUGAGAACUUGUGCAAGCAACUGGAAGCAGUGGAGAGCAGUAUCCCUGGAGCUGGACUGGUCGAGGAGUCGGAGGAGCGACUAACAGAGCGGAUCGCUCUUUACCAGCGGUUGAAAGGCAUCCUGACUGAACACCAGCCACAGUUGUACCAAGUGCUGGAGGAUGGGAAGAAGCUCUUGACGUCCAUCAGCUGCACAGACCUGGAGGCCCAGCUGAACCAGCUGGGUGAACACUGGCUCUCCAGCACUGCCAGGGUCUGCAGGGAGUUGCAUCGGCUCGAAUCUGUCCUUAAACACUGGAGCAGGUACCAGACUGAGUUUGCUGAGUUGAAUCACUGGCUCCAGUCUGCCAUGGAGUGCCUGGAGUUCUGGAAACUGCAGUCAGUGACCCUCCCUCAAGAGUUGGACGCUGUCAGGGAUCAUCUGAGCUCAUUCCUGGAAUUUUCCAAGGAGGUCGACACAAAGUCUUCUCUCAAGUCCUCGGUACUGAGCAGAGGAAAUCAGCUGUUACGUCUGAAGAAAGUGGACACAGCAACCUUGCGAUCUGGGCUGGCCCGGACUGACAGUCAGUGGACAGAACUCCUCACUCAAAUCCCACUGGUCCAGGAAAAAUUGCAUCAGCUUCAGAUGGAGAAGUUACCGUCUCGCACAGCGAUCAACGAGCUCAUGAACUGGAUCACCUUGAUGGAGCAAAUCAUUGAAGAGGACGAUGAGAAGAUCAAAAGUGCAGUGGGCUCACAAACGAUGGAACAAUACCUCAAGAAGUACAAGGCUUUCAAGAUCGAUUUGACCUGUAAGCAGUUGACCGUGGACUUUGUGAACCAGUCAGUUUUACAGAUCAGCAGUCAUGAUGUGGAGAGCAAGCGCAGCGAUAAGACCGAUUUUGCCGAGCGCCUUGGUGUAAUGAACAGGAGGUGGCAACUGCUUCAAGGGCUCAUCACUGAGCAGAUCAGGUCAUUAGAAGGCUCGUUGGAAUCAUGGACGGAGUAUGAGAAUAACAUGCAGAGCUUGAAAACUUGGUUUGAAACUCGGGAAGAGAGAAUCAAGAAGUGGAACUCCAUCGGUGACCUUGCCUCUGUCCAGACUGCUCUGAAGGAUUGCCGGGAACUGGAAAAUAUGGUCCGUGUGAAAGAAAAGGAAGUGGAGAAGGUUGAACAAAGUGGACUGCUCCUCAUCCAGAACAAGAAAGGCGAGGUCUCCAGCAGUGUCAUGGAUGCACUCCGAGAACUCAGUCAUUCCUGGACACAGCUGGAUCACCUGGUUGGACAACUCAGAGCCACGCUGCAGUCAAUGUUGGACCAGUGGAUUAGCUACAAGGGAGCACAUGAAGAGAUUAACGGGCAAUUGACGGAGGCCAACUACUCCCUUUCUCGUUUCCGCUUGCUAACUGGAUCUCUGGAAGCCGUGCAAAUCCAGGUGGACAACCUGCAGAACUUACAAGAGGAGCUUGAGAGGUCAGAAGGCAGCUUGGAGAAGUUUGGCUCAGCAACCACGCAGCUGUUAAAAGAGUGUUGCCCAUCCGUCCACAACUCUCUGACUUCAAGUCUGAAUGAGGUUACCGUCGGCUGGAACAAUUUGCUUCAGGACGUGGUGGAGCAGCUCCGCAUGAGGAAGGGCCUGCUGCAGCUCUGGCAGAGGUACAGGGAGCAGUCGGGCCAGUGUUCAGCCACCCUGAGGCAGCAGGAGGAGGGGAGCACCGAGCUGAUUAAGAAAGCUGCAAACCGGGAUGUGGCAGACGACGAGGUGACAAAAUGGAUUCAGGACUCCGAUGAACUGCUGGAGGAGUUGGGAACACUGCGGGAUUCCCAUCACGUUCUCUCGGAGCUCGGCGAGGAGUUGAGGCAGCAGGUGGAACCUUCAGCAGCAGCUGCUAUACAGUCUGAGCGGCUGUCCCUUGCUCAGCGACUGACUUCUCUGGAGCAGGCACUCGACAGACAGCGGGCUGUGCUUCAGGCUGGCAUUCAGGACUAUGAGGCCUUCAGCAACAAACUGGAAGCCUUGGAGAUGUGGAUCGUGGAAGCUGAUGAGGUGCUGAAAUUGCAGGAUCCCAACCGCUCGUCUGAUCUCACCAUAAUCCAGGACCGAAUGGAGGAGCUGAAAAUCCAGAUGCUGAGAUUCAGUAGUACAGUUCCCGACUUGGAUCGGCUGAAUGAGUUGGGGUACAGGUUGCCACUCAACGACAAGGAGAUCAAGCGUAUGCAGACAUUGAACCGAUAUUGGUCCUCCAUUUCUGGCCAGACCACAGAGAGGUUCAGUAAAUUGCAGGCGUUCCUGCUUCAGCACCAGACUUUCCUGGAGAAAUGCGAGACCUGGAUGGAGUUCCUGGUCCAUACGGAGCAGAAGCUGGCAGUGGAGAUUUCUGGAAACUACCAGAACCUUCUGGAACAGCAGAGAGCACACGAGCUGUUCCAAGCAGAGAUGUUCAGUCGGCAGCAGAUCCUGCAUUCCAUCAUCAGCGACGGCCAGCAUCUUCUCGAGCAGGGCCAGAUUGACGACAGGGAUGAGUUUAACUCCAAGCUGGCCAUGCUGAGUAACCAGUGGCAGGGAGUCAUCCGUCGUGCGCAGCAGCGGAGGGGAAUCAUCGACAGCCAGAUCCGGCAGUGGCAGCGCUACCGGGAGAUGGCGGAGAAGCUGAGGAAGUGGCUGUCAGACGUGUCGCAGCAGCUGGAGCGGCAGUGGAGCAGCACGGCUCCCGUCUCCCUCCAGCAGGCCCGGGCUCUGCUCGACGAGGUUCAGUUGAAGGAGAAGGUGCUUCAGUGGCAGCAGGGGAGCUACAUCCUGACGGUGGAGGCUGGGAAGCAGCUCCUGCUCUCGGCAGACAGCGGGGCGGAAGCUGGCCUGCAGGCCGAGCUCACCAACAUCCAGGAGCAAUGGAGGGCCGCCAACAUCAGUCUGGACGACCAGAGGAAGCAGCUCAGCAUCUUGUUACGGGACUGGGAGCGAUGCGAGAGAGGAAUCGCUGAGUCUCUGGACAAGCUGAGGUCCUUCAAGAAAAAGCUGUCCCUGCCACUGCCUGACCAUCACGAUGAGCUGCACUCGGAACAGAUCAGAUGCAUGGAACUGGAAAGCUCCUUUGGAGGGUGGACUGAUGACCUUGCCCACCUCUCCUUUCUGAAGGAGACCUUGUCCAGCUACAUCCGUGCUGAUGACAUCUCGAUCUUGCAGGAGCGCAUCGAACUGCUGCACAGGCAGUGGGAUGAGCUGUGCUACCAGGUCUCGUCGCGCAGACAGCUGGUGACGGAGAAGCUCAACGAGUGGGCACUGUUUAAUGAGAAGAACAAGGAGCUGUGCGAGUGGUUGACCCAAAUGGAGAGCAAAGUGACGCAGAAUGGGGACAUCAGCAUCGAGGAGACGAUCGACAAACUGAAGAAGGAUUAUCAGGAGGAGGUCACAGCAGCAGCAGAGAACAAGGUGCAGCUGCAACAGAUGGGCCAGAGACUGGUCCGAGCAAGUCACGAGAACAAAGCGACCGAGAUAGAAUAUAAACUGGGCAAGAUUGAUGACCGGUGGCAGCAUCUGCUGGACCUCAUCUGCGCCAGAGUGAAGAAGCUGAAGGAAACGCUGGUUGCCGUGCAACAGCUGGAUAAGAACAUGAGCAGCUUGCGGUCGUGGCUUGCCCAGAUCGAAACUGAGCUGUCGAGGCCAAUAGUCUACGAGUCUUGUGAUUCUCAUGAAAUACAACAGAAGCUCACAGAGCAACAGGAGCUGCAGCGAGACAUUGAGAAGCACAGCACGGGUGUGGCGUCGGUGCUCAACCUGUGCGAGGUCCUGCUGCACGACUGCGAUGCCUGCUCCACGGAGACGGAGUGCGACUCGAUUCAGCAGGCCACCCGCAACCUGGACCGCCGCUGGAGGAACAUCUGUGCCAUGUCCAUGGAAAGGAGACUCAAGAUUGAGGAGACCUGGAGGUUGUGGCAGAAGUUCCUGGAUGACUAUACCCGCUUCGAGGACUGGCUGGAAACGUCUGAGCGUACCGCGGCCAUGCCCAACUCCUCCGAGGUUCUCUACACGGUGGCCAAAGAGGAACUCAAGAAAUUUGAGGCUUUCCAGCGGCAGGUGCAUGAGAGCCUGACCCAGCUGGAGCUGAUCAACAAGCAGUAUCGCCGCCUGGCCCGUGAAAACCGUACCGACUCCGGCAGCAGGCUCAAACAGAUGGUGCACGAGGGCAACCAGCGAUGGGACAACCUGCAGCGCAGGGUCACCGCCAUCCUCAGGCGAUUAAAAUACUUUAUUGGUCAGCGAGAGGAGUUUGAAACGACGCGGGAGGGCAUAUUGGUCUGGCUGACAGAGAUGGACCUACAGCUGACAAACAUCGAACAUUUCUCCGAAUGUGAUGUACAAGCCAAGAUCAAGCAGCUGAAGGCCUUCCAGCAGGAAAUCGCGCUGUACAAGUCCAAAAUUGAGUCCCUCUUCCAUCAAGGGGAACAGCUCAUUGAGAAGAGCGAACCCAUGGACGCCACGGUCAUCGAAGAGGAGCUGGAGGAACUGCGGCGCUACUGUCAGGAGGUCUUUGGUCGAGUGGAACGUUACUACAAGAAGCUGUUGCAACUCCCGCUGACGGACGAUGACCAGGACGCAUCUGAUCGGGAGAUGGAGCUGGACGACAGCUGCGAUUUCUCCGGCAUGCACUGGUUUGACGGGACGGCCGAGCAGCUGGGCUCCACGCCGCUGUCGCUGAGCCAGACGGCGAGCUCGCAGCAGGCCCGGGGCACCCGCUCUGGCUGCGACACGCCGGCCAGCGUCGACUCCAUCCCCCUGGAGUGGGACCACGACUACGACCUGAGCCGCAACCUGGAGAGCGCCGUGUCGAGGGCGCUGGAGGGCCGCGGGGAGGAGGGCGAUGACCACGACCCAGAGUUCUACCUCAAGGGGGCAGCUGAACUCGCAGAUGUAGUGAUUCCUGAAAGCCCAGAGGCCUAUCUAAAACUGACUGAAAGUACUUUGAGAUCCACUGCAGGGGAGCACGGCCAGUUGGAAACUCAGAUCCGGCAGCUGGACAAAGCCCUGGACACCAGCCGAUACCACCUGCAGCAGACGGAGAACGUCAUCCGCAGCAAAACGCCCACGGGUCCCGAACUGGACUCCAGCUACUGGGGCUAUAUGAAACUCUUGUCGGAAUGCCGUGGGAGCAUCGAGACGGUGAAAAGGGUAGGGCAUAAACUCAAAGAGGAGGAAGAUAAGCUCUCCGGCUUCAUCAACCUAACAAGCACAGAGACGCAGACUUCUGGUGUGAUCGAGCGCUGGGAGCUGAUCCAGGCCCAGGCUCUCAACAAGGAGCUCAGAAUGAAGCAGAACCUGCAGCAGUGGCAGCAGUUCAACUCUGACCUGCUCAGUGUGUGGGAGUGGCUGAGUGAGAGCGAGGAAGAGCUGGAGCACCUCAGCAGGCUGGACAACAGCACCGACAUCCAGACCAUCGAACUGCGGAUCAAAAAGCUCAAGGAACUACAAAAGGCGGUGGAUAAUCGGAAAGCCAUCAUCUUGUCCGUCAACCUGUGUAGUGCCGAGUUCACGCAGUCGGACUCCAGCGACACGGAGGAGCUGCGGGAACGCCUGAGCCAAAUGAACAAGCGGUGGGACCGAGUCAGCGGCCUACUGGAGCAGUGGCGUCGCACUCUGCAAGAUGCCCUCAUGCAGUGCCACGAUUUCCAUGAGAUGAGCCAUGGUCUACUGCUCUGGCUGGAGAACAUAGACAGGAGGCGGAAUGAAAUCCUACCCAUUGAUCCUAAUCUGGAUCAGGACACCCUACAGGACCAUCACAAGACCCUGAUGCAAAUCAGACGGGAGCUGCUGGAGUCGCAGCUGAAGGUGGCCUCUCUGCAGGACAUGUCCAGCCAGCUGCUGGUCAACGCAGAGGGCAGGGACUGCCUCGAAGCGAAGGAGAAGGUCCACGUCAUCGGCAACCGCCUCAAGCUGCUCCUGAAGGAAGUCAUGCAAGACCUGAAAGAGCUCGAGAGACUCCUGGACAACGGUGGCAGUCAAGUGGACCUGGUGUCGUGGUCUUCGGCAGAUGAUUUGGACACAUCCGGCUCCAUCAGCCCAGUGUCUGGUGCCAGCCUAUCCGCUCGAUCCAGAUCGCCACGAGGCAUUUGUAGCCUCUCCCAGCCUGGAGCCUCAGUCAGCAGCCCAUAUAUCAGGUCCAGCACAGGAAACCAAGGAGGUUCUUUCCGUUCUGAGGAGCAGAGAGCCCAGAAGAGUCCUUCCUUCCUACUACGAGUGCUCAGGGCAGCGUUGCCCCUCCAGCUCCUGUUGCUGCUGUUGGUGGCGCUGGCCUGCCUGGUGCCCAUGAACGAGGAAGAUUACAGCUGCACCAUGUCCAACAACUUUGCUCGCUCCUUCCACCCCAUGCUGAGGUACACCAACGGCCCUCCUCCCAUAUGAUUCCCAAGAGCACGAGCGAGGACGGAAUCAUGCAAGGAGGAGGGGGUUGGGGAGGGAAGGGGGAGAUGCGCAGAGCUCUGGCUCGGGCCAUCAGCCCUUCAAGACCUCUCUGGGGGAGAUGGCUGCCAUCCAGCAUCGGGCCGGACGCAAGACGGCCGUUCCCAGUCGCCUGGCUCCAGAUUCAGUACGACCUGUAAUAUCAACUUUAAAUAUCUUUUCCAUGUUCUUUUUAAAAGAAAAACAUUUGCUUUAGGAAUGAACACACAUAAAAAGAGCUGUUAAGAUUAACCCUUUAAAUGUCAAUGCAAAUGUUAUGACUCUGACAGGGACUGAGCAGAGUAGAGGCAGAACUUAAAACUACUUCUGACGAAAAUUGGAUGUAAACUAAAAUCAAAGACAUUAUUUAUGUACAGUUUGCUAAAGCUAUUAUCGUCCGUGUUAUAACUCAUGCUGAAUGAAUUACCUGUGUGCUGCUUGCAACUUCUCUCCAAUGCUUCCACAGACUGAAUUGACUAGUUUUUGUUGGGGCAUGGAUGUGUACAUAAGAUUAUAAAUAUAAAUCUAGCCAUGAACACCCCAUCUCUUGCCCUCGCAGCUGGCGUUUGAAGCAAUCCCGGCAUGAAUCAGGAGCUGAUUUAACCUCUGCAAGAACCCUCUUGAGUAGUGUCACACCUUUUAAACUGCUGUUAGUGUCUGAUCGUGGCAUGCUCAGAUGGUGGUAAAUCUGCAGUGAAUUUUUCUAUAUGAAAGGCAGCCUUGCCGACCGAAGAGUAAUAAUAUGAAAGCUGGUUCUUUUGGUGUACAGUGGAAAACUGGGUUGCUAAUUAAAGAUCUGCUUCUUUCACAA